AUGGCAGACGGAGCCUUUGGAGGGGGAGUCUGGAUGCCUGCGGACCCUUUCGGGGAGGGCGCGGGUGGAGGGCGUACCUACUCUGGACUGUUCUGUGUAGUCAUAAAUCCUUACAAGAAUCUUCCAAUUUACUCUGAAAAUAUUAUUGAAAUGUACAGAGGGAAGAAACGUCAUGAGAUGCCCCCCCACAUCUAUGCUAUAUCUGAAUCUGCUUAUAGAUGUAUGCUUCAAGAUCGUGAAGACCAGUCAAUUCUUUGCACGGGUGAAUCUGGUGCUGGAAAGACAGAAAAUACCAAGAAGGUCAUUCAGUAUCUUGCUCAUGUUGCUUCUUCCCAUAAAGGAAGAAAAGACCAUAACAUUCCGCCUGAAUCGCCUAAGCCAGUGAAACAUCAGGGAGAACUUGAAAGGCAACUUUUACAAGCAAACCCAAUCCUUGAAUCAUUUGGAAAUGCAAAAACUGUGAAAAAUGACAACUCUUCCCGUUUCGGCAAGUUUAUACGAAUCAACUUUGAUGUUACUGGUUAUAUUGUUGGAGCCAACAUCGAAACAUAUCUUUUGGAAAAAUCUCGAGCAGUUCGUCAAGCUAAAGAUGAGCGUACGUUUCACAUAUUCUACCAACUGCUAUCUGGAGCAGGAGAACAUCUAAAGUCUGACUUGCUUCUUGAAGGAUUUAAUAACUAUAGAUUUUUAUCCAAUGGCUAUAUCCCUAUUCCUGGACAGCAAGACAAAGAUAACUUUCAAGAGACAAUGGAAGCGAUGCACAUAAUGGGCUUCUCUCAUGAUGAAAUCUUGUCAAUGCUUAAGGUAGUAUCUUCAGUGUUACAGUUUGGAAACAUUUCCUUUAAAAAAGAGAGGAAUACUGAUCAAGCUUCAAUGCCAGAAAACACAGUUGCACAGAAACUCUGUCAUCUCCUCGGGAUGAAUGUAAUGGAAUUCACUCGUGCCAUCCUUACUCCUCGGAUCAAGGUUGGCAGAGAUUAUGUUCAGAAAGCACAAACCAAGGAACAAGCUGAUUUUGCUGUAGAAGCACUGGCAAAAGCUACCUAUGAACGACUGUUUCGCUGGCUUGUUCAUCGUAUUAAUAAAGCCCUGGAUAGGACCAAACGACAAGGAGCAUCUUUCAUUGGGAUUUUGGAUAUAGCUGGAUUUGAAAUUUUUGAGUUGAAUUCCUUUGAGCAACUCUGCAUCAACUACACCAAUGAGAAACUUCAGCAGUUGUUCAAUCAUACUAUGUUUGUCCUCGAGCAAGAAGAAUAUCAGCGGGAAGGCAUUGAGUGGAAUUUCAUUGAUUUUGGACUAGAUCUGCAGCCCUGCAUUGAUUUAAUAGAAAGACCAGCUAAUCCACCUGGUGUUUUGGCUCUUUUGGAUGAAGAGUGCUGGUUUCCUAAAGCUACUGAUAAGACCUUUGUGGAAAAACUGGUUCAAGAGCAAGGCACACACUCCAAGUUCCAAAAACCUCGGCAACUGAAAGACAAGGCAGAUUUUUGUAUUAUUCAUUAUGCAGGAAAGGUGGACUAUAAAGCUGAUGAGUGGCUGAUGAAAAACAUGGAUCCUCUGAAUGACAAUGUGGCCACCCUGUUACACCAGUCAUCAGACAGAUUUGUUGCAGAACUUUGGAAAGAUGAGAUUCAGAAUAUUCAGAGAGCUUCUUUCUAUGACAAUAUUUCUGGUCUUCAUGAUCUACCAGUGGAUCGUAUCGUGGGUCUGGAUCAAGUCACUGGCAUGACAGAGACUGCUUUCGGAUCAGCAUAUAAAACCAAAAAGGGCAUGUUUCGUACUGUUGGGCAACUAUACAAAGAAUCUCUCACUAAACUGAUGGCCACCCUUCGAAAUACAAACCCUAAUUUUGUUCGAUGCAUCAUUCCCAAUCAUGAGAAGAGGGCUGGAAAGCUGGAUCCUCAUCUAGUUCUCGAUCAGCUCCGUUGCAAUGGUGUCCUAGAAGGGAUUAGAAUCUGUCGACAGGGAUUCCCGAACCGGAUAGUAUUUCAGGAAUUCAGACAGAGAUAUGAGAUUCUAACUCCAAAUGCUAUUCCAAAAGGCUUUAUGGAUGGCAAACAAGCUUGUGAACGAAUGAUCCGAGCCCUAGAAUUAGACCCUAAUUUGUACAGAAUUGGUCAGAGCAAAAUAUUCUUCAGAGCUGGAGUUCUGGCCCACUUGGAGGAAGAAAGAGAUUUAAAGAUUACAGACAUCAUCAUCUUUUUCCAGGCUGUUUGUAGAGGGUACUUAGCUAGAAAGGCCUUUGCCAAGAAACAGCAACAACUGAGUGCCCUGAAAGUCUUGCAGCGUAAUUGUGCAGCUUAUCUGAAAUUACGACAUUGGCAGUGGUGGCGAGUCUUUACUAAGGUGAAGCCUCUACUACAAGUUACCCGCCAGGAGGAGGAGCUUCAAGCAAAGGAUGAAGAGCUAUUGAAAGUUAAGGAGAAACAGACAAAGGUAGAAGAAGAGCUUGAGGAAAUGGAAAGGAAACAUCAACAGCUUUUAGAGGAGAAGAACAUUCUUGCUGAGCAAUUGCAAGCAGAAACAGAGCUCUUUGCUGAAGCUGAGGAGAUGCGAGCUCGUCUCGCUGCAAAAAAACAGGAACUAGAAGAAAUUCUUCAUGACCUAGAGUCAAGGGUUGAAGAAGAGGAAGAACGAAACCAAGUGCUCCAAAAUGAAAAGAAAAAAAUGCAAGGACACAUUCAGGAUCUAGAAGAGCAGCUUGAUGAGGAAGAAGGAGCUCGACAGAAGCUACAGUUGGAAAAAGUUACCGCAGAAGCCAAAAUCAAGAAAAUGGAAGAGGAAAUUCUACUUUUAGAGGACCAAAAUUCCAAAUUUAUCAAGGAAAAGAAAUUGAUGGAAGAUCGUAUUGCUGAAUGCUCUUCUCAGCUGGCUGAAGAAGAAGAGAAAUCCAAAAAUUUGGCCAAACUCAGGAAUAAGCAGGAGGUGAUGAUCACAGAUUUGGAAGAACGUUUGAAGAAAGAAGAGAAAACUCGUCAAGAACUGGAAAAGGCCAAAAGAAAACUUGAUGGUGAAACGACAGAUCUGCAAGAUCAAAUAGCUGAGCUACAGGCUCAGAUCGAAGAACUAAAGAUUCAGUUGGCCAAGAAAGAGGAAGAGCUACAGGGUGCUCUUGCCAGAGGCGAUGAUGAAACACUUCAUAAGAACAAUGCACUGAAAGUUGUGCGAGAACUACAAGCUCAGAUUGCUGAGCUCCAGGAAGACCUAGAAUCAGAAAAGGCUUCCCGAAACAAAGCAGAGAAGCAGAAGAGAGACUUGAGUGAAGAGCUAGAAGCGCUGAAGACAGAACUUGAAGAUACUUUGGACACUACUGCAGCUCAGCAGGAAUUAAGGACAAAACGUGAGCAGGAAGUAGCUGAACUGAAGAAGGCUAUUGAAGAAGAAACUAAGAAUCAUGAAGCUCAAAUCCAAGACAUAAGGCAGAGACAUGCUAGUGCCCUGGAGGAACUCUCUGAACAACUUGAACAGGCUAAAAGGUUCAAAGUAAAUCUUGAGAAAAACAAGCAAGGUCUAGAGACUGAUAACAAGGAGUUGGCCUGUGAAGUGAAGGUUCUACAGCAAGUCAAGGCUGAAUCUGAACACAAGAGAAAGAAACUAGAUGCUCAGGUACAGGAAUUGCACGCCAAGGUUACAGAAGGAGAUAGGCUUCGGGUAGAACUUGCUGAAAAGGCCAGUAAGCUCCAGAAUGAAUUGGAUAAUGUCACAACCCUCCUGGAAGAAGCAGAGAAGAAGGGCAUUAAAUUUGCCAAAGAUGCAGCCAGUCUUGAGUCACAGCUACAGGAUACACAGGAGCUACUUCAGGAGGAGACACGCCAGAAGUUGAACCUCAGUAGUCGGAUCAGGCAGUUGGAGGAGGAGAAGAACAACCUUCAGGAGCAGCAGGAGGAGGAAGAAGAGGCCAGGAAGAGCCUGGAAAAGCAAGUGUUAGUCUUGCACUCACAGUUGGCUGAUACAAAGAAAAAGGUAGAUGAUGACUUAGGGACAAUUGAAAGCUUGGAAGAGAAUAAGAAGAAGCUUCUAAAAGACAUAGAGGCCUUGAGUCAGCGCUUAGAGGAGAAGGCACUGGCUUAUGACAAGCUUGAGAAGACCAAGACACGUCUACAGCAAGAGCUUGAUGACUUAAUGGUGGAUCUGGAUCAUCAGCGCCAGAUUGUCUCCAACUUAGAGAAAAAGCAGAAGAAGUUUGACCAACUCCUGGCAGAAGAAAAAAAUGUUUCUGCUCGAUAUGCAGAAGAGAGAGAUCGGGCUGAAGCAGAGGCAAGAGAGAAAGAGACUAAAGCUCUUUCCUUGGCCCGAGCCCUGGAAGAAGCUUUAGAAGCAAAGGAGGAAUUUGAGAGACAGAAUAAGCAGCUGCGUACUGAUAUGGAAGAUUUAAUGAGCUCAAAGGAUGAUGUUGGGAAAAAUGUCCACGAACUUGAAAAAUCCAAACGGGCCUUAGAGCAGCAGGUUGAAGAAAUGAAGACACAGUUGGAGGAGCUGGAAGAUGAACUUCAGGCUACAGAAGAUGCUAAACUUCGUCUAGAAGUCAAUAUGCAAGCCAUGAAAGCCCAAUUUGAGAGAGAUUUGCAGGCCAGAGAUGAACAGAAUGAAGAGAAGAAGAGGCUACUGAUCAAGCAGGUGCGUGAGCUUGAGGCAGAAUUGGAGGAUGAGCGUAAGCAAAAGGCUCUUGCAGUUGCUUCCAAGAAGAAAAUGGAAAUGGACCUGAAGGAUCUUGAGGCACAAAUAGAGACUGCAAAUAAGGCAAGGGAUGAAGUGAUCAAGCAGCUUCGAAAACUUCAGGCACAAAUGAAAGACUACCAGCGUGAAUUGGAAGAAGCUCGUGCAUCCCGUGAUGAGAUCUUUGCUCAGUCCAAGGAAAAUGAAAAAAAAUUGAAAAGCCUUGAAGCAGAAAUACUUCAACUACAAGAGGAAUUUGCCUCUUCUGAAAGAGCCCGUCGACAUGCUGAACAAGAGAGAGAUGAACUUGCUGAUGAAAUAGCCAACAGUGCUUCUGGGAAAUCCUCUUUGCUGGAUGAGAAACGGCGCCUGGAGGCCCGUAUCGCACAACUGGAGGAGGAACUGGAGGAAGAGCAGAGCAACAUGGAACUUCUUAACGACCGGUUUCGCAAGGCCACAUUGCAGGUGGAUACCCUCAAUUCAGAGCUGGCUGGAGAGCGAAGCGCUGCCCAGAAGAGCGAGAGCGCCCGCCAGCAGCUGGAGAGACAGAGCAAGGAGCUCAAGGCCAAACUGCAGGAGCUGGAGGGCUCAGUGAAGUCCAAGUUCAAGACCACCAUCUCUGCUUUGGAAGCCAAGAUUGUGCAGAUGGAAGAACAGCUGGAGCAGGAAGCCAAGGAACGAGCAGCAGCCAACAAGCUUGUUCGUCGUACAGAGAAGAAGCUAAAAGAGAUUUUCAUGCAGGUAGAAGAUGAGCGGCGACAUGCAGAUCAGUACAAAGAGCAGAUGGAGAAGGCCAAUGCCAGAAUGAAGCAGCUCAAACGUCAGUUGGAGGAAGCUGAAGAAGAGGCCACUCGUGCCAACGCCUCAAGGCGCAAACUCCAGCGUGAACUGGAUGAUGCCAUAGAAGCCAAUGAAGGCCUGAGCCGGGAAGUCAGCACUCUGAAAAACAGACUGAGGAGAGGAGGCCCAAUCACCUUUUCUUCCAGUCGAUCCAGCAGGCGCCAGCUACAUAUUGAGGGAGCAUCCCUUGAACUCUCAGAUGAUGAUACAGAGAGCAAAACUAGUGAUGUCAAUGAGAUGCCAGCUGCACCAGUGGAGUAAAGAGAGGGCCAGAGCCCGCUGUGAUACCAUGGGGUAAACAAGGACUUUCCUGACCACCAGUCUGCCUUGUGGCUACUAAUCAGCAGAGGAAAUGGGCAGAUUACAAGGUUAUUUACUGAAAGGUCAAUUGUGUCUUAAGGCUCUCUAGCCUCCCCAUAAUAUACCCUGCUUCAAAUAUAGGUACAAAUGCUCUUUUUAUAUACAUAUAUAUAAAGAGCAUAUUUACAUGUAUAUUAAACAGGAUCAUCUAUUCAGUGCAUCUAUUUUCCAAAUAUUCUUCAGGAGGCCAUUUCCUAAAAUGCUGUCUGAAGAGUUUUUCUUGUUUUUGUUUUUGUUUUUAAGGAAACCUCAGAUCCUUCAUUCCCAGACCCUUUUAUUGGGGCAGACCCUUGGUUGUUACUAUGCAUGCUUUCUGUUGUACAGACAGUUAACUUAGCUUCUCCUACGUUCAUGUGGCCCUUGGCUUCUCAGCUGUGUCAGUUCCCUUAGAACAGUGUGAAGACCAAAUGGCACCUGUAGCUUUCAUUUUUUUCUCAUAUUGUGAUCAACACUGUCUCAGUGAGCAAACUGUGAAAAGGGCUUUGGAAGUACUAAAAGGAAGAGAAUGGGAAGGGGAGAGUAGCCUUGGCUUUGGUUAACUUGCAGCAUCCCCUGAGGGUGGCUCUGCCGCUCCGGGUGUGACACUGAAUCUAGACACGUAGACUCUUCUUAGUUAGAACUGGUCUGUGCAGAAGGAUGGUCCAAACUUUGCAGCUGAGUUUCCAAGAAGACAUUAACUUAUUGACUACUGGAUGAGGCUCCAGAACCCUUUGUGUGUUAGUGCUUCCUGCUCCUUAGGAGUAAGCAGCCUCUGGUGCUGACUUUGAAUUCCAGCCAUGGCUUUGGAGCCCAAAAGGGGAACAUUGGUUUUUUAAUGUCUGAGGCUUGUUCCAAGUUUGUCAGUGGUUUAGAGGCUCAGCAAUGAAUACCUAUUUUCCUGAAUGUUAACAUGCCAGUGAAUAUAAAUCCUUUCUUUUUCCCCUUUUCCCUUUUAAACAGUGUUACAGUGAAUAUUUAGCAUUCUCUUUUGGUUAAUAGUUAAGCAAUUUGACAUUACAGAAAGUGCCUUAGACACUACAGUACUAAGACAAUGUUAAAUAUAUUAUUUACCUAUAUAACAAUUUAAUGUAUUAAUUUUUGACUACACUUCAUAUCAUGUACCUCUAGUGAAAGUGGUAUGAAUAUUCAGUGAUGAUGAAUCAGUGUUAAUUAGACAACUUUGAUCUUUUGCAAUGGGCUUGAGAACACAACUCAUUUUGGGUUUAAAGCUUUAACAUCGGUUAUGAAGGUUUUGUCAUGAUGUGGGUAUGGAAUCACUUGUUUCAUCCCAUCCCCUUUCUGAAUUAUACUGGCUGCUGACCACCAGGCACUUGACUGCAAACAUCUUUUCUUGUAUCCCCAUAUUUCUAGACAAUGACUUUUGUAAGACAAUAAAUUUAUUAUAGAUAUUUAUGCCUGCUCUGUUUACUUGAAGGAAAAAGCAUCAUUGAGAAUAAACAGACCUCAAUAAACAAGAAUGAUCAUAUGAACAUAAAAUCUGCUUUCUCACUUUCUGUUCUGCAGCUUAACAUUGAGGGUUGCUGAUAGAUAUCUAAAGGGGCUAUAAGCCAUCCCAGGUCUUCACCAAAAUGCAUUCCUCUUAAGUUGUUAGAUUAUGAAGAGCCACAUCAUUCUUUUUCUGUGUGUAAUAAAGUAACCGUUACUCUUUAAUCCCUUUUCCAGCAGAUGAUUCUUGCACUGGGCUAGGCUGUGUGUAAUUAGAAUUUUGCUCCCUAGAACACUCUUUCCCAGC